GAUCGCAUACCAUCGAGAGGCAACAAAAUGUCGGUCUUGGAAAAACCUCUAAUUCGAAGAAAAUCCUAUGUCGUUCACGGCCUGAAUAUUUUAAUCACGAAAACAUUGAACUAGAUCCAAAGAUUGUCAAAGACGUUGACACGAUGUUGAUGUUUAUUGGCUAUCCAAGAAGUGGGCACACUCUGAUUGGUUCGUUACUUGAUGCACAUCCAAAUAUAGUCGUAGCAAAUGAAUAUAAUGUUUUAGGCAACUGGAAGAACUACACAAUAAAGCAACGUAAUAAACAAUAUUUGUUUGAACAACUUUAUACAAACAGUCAUCUUGAAGCUCACGAAGGUGACAGGUCUUCUAAAGAUUGCCUUCCAAAGACGAAAUAUAAUUAUUUGGUUCCCAAUCAGUGGCAGGGAAAAUUUGAUAGAAAAAUAAAGGUUAGUAAAUAUGGAGCUUUAGAAAGCGACAUUUUUGUCAACACGGAU